AUGGCCAAAACCUACGAGGGACUCGCAAGUCUCGCGCGAGAGACUGCGGAUGCCACUGCCGCUGCCGCCGUAAUGGUCGGGGACGCGCAAAAGAAUGCCCAUGUGCUAAAGGAGAUCCUUGAGAAGCUGCAGUGCAAGGCGAAGGCAAAAAAAGAGAGCUCCAAAGACGAAGACGAUGAGGCAAAAGACGCUGAUACAAGCAGCGAUGAGGAAGGCGCCGAAACCACAGAGGACCGAGCAUGCUCAAACAGAAGGCUGCUCCUCAAGCUGAACACCGAGGUCUUGGACUUACAGAAGGAGAUGAGGAAUCUCAUCUCCAGCAAUCCAUCCCUUAUGCCAGAGGUCGGGGUGGCGCAGAAAGAGUGGAUAUUCCGCCUUGCAGCAGAACUCAUUGAGCAGACGAAGUGGAAGUUCACGAUGCUUGGGCUUCAUGGUCAGCAUGGCCCGUCCACUUGGGAUGAAGCGAUGCAGGAGACGCUCUACGUGCUUCAAGCAGCUGCCAAUUGGGAUGGCUUGGCCGCUCCAUUGUUUGAUGCUCGCAUCCUCCGAGUUGCAGCACUGGUCGACGCGAAUCUCUUAUCCAAAAUGCUCCAGGACGCGUUUCAGGUCUGCGAAGACUCGACCCCGCCCGGCUCAGCAGGCGAUGCUGACGACCGACCAAGCCAUGCCAGACAAAAGUAUUCGGAAGCCGUCAACCUUCUUUGCCGCCACGGAACAGCUGAAACGGUUGCAGUGGCAUAG